AUGCGUGAGCGUGUCGUCCGUCUGAAGCCGUACGAGUAUGUCCACAUCCUUGACAACAACACAUGCAAGGUGACGCUGUUGGAGGGGCCGUGCUGCUUCACGAUGCAGGACCACCUCGUCAACCUGCAUGCGACCCCCCAACGUCACAUUGUCAUUCCACCAAAUCACUACUGCGAGGUGCGGAACCCGGUUUCGCCGUCGCCCGACGGCGGGGAGCCAACGUACCGGGUGGGUCACCGCGAGGUGCGGCUCUCGCAGCCCCCAUUUCCGCUCUACCCCGGCGAGGAGGCCUCCGCCGUGACGCCAAUGCGCAUACUCACUGCCCGCGAGGCCGUCGUUGUGCAGGCCCUGGCGGACCACGCGACGACGGACGAACUCACGGGGGAAGUCGUGCAGCGCAUGGCUGGGGAGCAGUGGUUGGUGAGAGGGCCCGGGCUGUACGUCCCGCGUGUGGAUCAGGAGGUGGUGAAGAGUGUGGAGCCAGUCAUUCUCGCGGCAAAUGAGUUUAUGCAGUUCUCUGCCCUCUCGGACUUUAAGGACUCGGACGGCACAACUCGACGCGUCGGGGAGAAGUGGAAUGUGGUGGCGCAAGGACUUUUUUUCCCGAGCCCGUACGCAAAGCUGGAGUCCGUUGAAAAGGGCAUUAUGCUCUCCCCUACGUUGGCUCUCCACGUACGGGCGUUGCGUUCGUUUUACGACCGCAGCUUUGGCGUUCAACGUCUCCUGGGGGACCGGUGGCUUGUGACGCAUGAUGCGGUCACGCUGUUCAUACCGAGUGAAAAUGAGCAGCCCGAGACGACCGUCCCUCUCACGGUCGUUGGGCACCAGCAGUACUGCAUCUUGUUAAGCAUGGCACACGACGGCGUCUGCCAUGACAGUAAAAAGAGGCUUAUCAAGGGAGUGUGUUCCUUUUUUUUGAAACCAGGAGAGAGUCUGCAGGACAAUGAGGUGAAGGAUGCCUACCUCCUUGAGUCGCACGAGGCGCUACUUGUGGAGGCGGUAAAAGGCUUCACGGAUGACAGCGGCACACGACGAGAGGCACCAUCGCGGUGGUUGGUGCGUGGGCCGUGCAGUUACAUCCCGCCCCUGGAGGUUCGCGUCGUGGAACGGCGGGAACGGAUGCUGCUUACGGGGCACAGAGGCGUGUAUGUACGCAACCUCCGCACCGGCAGGGUUCGGGCGGUGCAUGGUCAGGCGCUUCUGCUUGCUGAGGAUGAGGUCUUGUGGGAGAAGCCGUUGGGUUCCCUUGUGUACCGUCUCCUUGCAGCAGAUAACCUCUCCGUGUACGACCUCGGUGCGCUGAAAUCGGCUGCAGCAGAGGGACCGUGCGCCUCACACGAGGUUGUCUACUACAAGGUCCCGCACAAUGCCCUGGUGCAGCUUUAUGAUUACAGCACAAACACCAGUCGCGUGGAGGCGGGACCCGCCGCCGUGUUUCUCGCCCCCAGUGAAGAAUUUACGCCCAUCUCUCUCUCCGGCGGGCGCCCCAAGAGGGCGAACUACAUCCACUCGCUCUGCCUCUUUUUGGGACCCGACUUUAUGUCUGACGUAGUCGACGUCGAGACGCUGGAUCACGCCCGGCUGCGGCUUGAACUUGCGUACAACUGGGAGUUUGAUAGCUCGGACAAGAAACACAUCAAGCAGGUUGCCUUUGCGAUGCCUGAUUUUAUCGGGAAGACCUGCAAUACGCUGGCGAACCGUAUUCGCGCCGCCAUUGCCGCGGAGUCAUUUGAGCAGUUUCACCGCAAUUCUUCUUCUGUGAUUCGAAAGGCGAUCUUUUGCUCUGACUCAGGGACGACGGAGAUGCGGGAGAACGGCCUCUACUUCCCCGUCAGCGGCCUCCUUAUUACAAACGUGGACGUGCGGAGUGUGGAGCCGGUGGAGCCGAACACGCGGAAUGCCCUGAAGAAGAGUGUCCAGCUUGCCGUGGAGAUUAUCACCAAAUCACAGGAAAAUGAGGCCGCGCAUCAGGCAAUGUUGUUUGAGCAGGAGGCAAAGGGCUCCCUUGAGCUGCAAGUCAUGAAGGACAAGGUCUUGGAGGAGGCAGAGCGUGUGACACUGCUUCAGGUCGCGGCGGAAAAUGCCGCCAUUGAGCUCAGCGGCUCCAGCAAAGUCCAGGCCCUGGCGGAAAGUGAGGCGCGGCUUGUGGAGCAGAAGGCGGAGCUGGACGUGACGCCCACGCGCUGCAAGUCGCUGCAGGAGAUGGCGGAUGCGGAGUUGGAGGUACAGCGUAAACGCAUGGAAAUGGAGAUCUCCCACCGCCAAGCCAUGAACGAUCUUGCGGUUGCAAAGGCGAAGACCCUGGCCGACAUCGAGGCCACAAAGGUGGAAAAGAUAUUUGCUGCGUUGGGCAGGGGAACUGUCACGGCGAUUGCGCGGGCGGGCCCAGAGCUAAAGGCGAAGUUGCUGCAAGCGCUGGGUCUGAAGGGUUUUCUCGUCACGGACGGCACGUCUCCCAUCAAUCUGUUGGGCAUGGCAAAUCGCGUGGUGCAGAAUCCGCAGGGGCAAAGUGUAUAA